AACUAAUGUUCCAUACAAUAUGAUAAGAAUUCCCUUUUGUUAGUUCAACACUGUCUACCGAAUGAAUAAUACGUUUUAAAACAUAAUUCAUAAAAUAUUAAGUUUUACAAGUGAUAUAGAAGUAAGCAAGAUGGUGAAAUAUUUAAUUUUCUGUUUUAUGCUAGGUUUUGUUAGUGUGGCCUUUGCUAGGACUGUGGAUAAAAGGAAAUGCCCUGAAGUCCGCGCUGCUCCACAUUUUGAUUUAUCUCAAAUGUUAGGCGAUUGGUUCGUGGUGGAAUAUUACGCGAGUGCUGAGGAAGCGUUGUCGUACAGUUGCAUGCGCGCUGUUUUUAACGCGGAAGACCAUGUUCAAGCUGAUGACGGGACAAUAGAAUGGACUCCAGGCGUCACAAUGAACUUCACCUACCGCUUUGCAGACGACCCCAUAGGCGAGAACCUGUAUGGGAACAUCACGUGGAGGAUCGAUCUCAAUGAGCCCGCACACUGGACACACUCCGAACUGACGUAUGACGGUAUUUACAACACCUACGUGUUAGACACAGAGUACAAAACGUGGGCGCUCCUGUUGCAUUGUGCUGAACAGAGAGAGGGCGCGAGGUACUUGACCGCGUUCGUGCUGUCCAGAACCACAGGAUUGCCGAAAAACGUCAUGGCGUACCUACGGGAUAAACUGCCAAGAUACGACGUGGACAUUAAUUACGUGUUCCCAAUUUCACACAAGAGUUGCUCCUCAAAACCAGCCCGACCUGAUGAUUCUCCAAUCCUGGUGGAGGUGGACAGCAAGAUACCGAAACGACCAACUGAUGUCAGCUACAAACUCGCCUUCGGAAACUAAUUUAUGUAUAAAUAAUUAUAUAUUUUCUAAAGUAUAUUUCAUUCAAAUUUCACGGUAUCUAAUUGUAUGCAGCCUCAUUUCCAUGUUAUUUUUAUUUAUAAAUAUCAGUGUCUAAUAUUAUAUUAUGCAUAAUAUUAUGUAUCUAUCUGUAUGAGCCUAUUUUAAAAUGCAAUAAUUUUUUUUAUAAACA